AUGUCAGUGGGAGCCGGGGAAGGAGGGUGGGGAGAGCGGCGGGGAUCGCAGGCGGCGGAGACUGCCGGGCGGCCCGAGGAAGACCCCUCUUCCGGACUGCGGGGCUCCGGGGGCCCGGGCUCGGGACUGGCGCGGGAGGCUGCGGCAGCCUGCGUGGGCGGACGGGCGAGCUGGCACCCGCGGCGCGGCGGGAUGGACCUGGAAGCCUCGCUGCUGCCCACCGGCCCCAAUGCCAGCAACACCUCGGAGAGCCCGGAUAACCUCACCGUGGCCGGGCUGCCUCCUCGCACAGGGAGCAUCUCCUACAUCAACAUCAUCAUGCCUUCAGUGUUCGGUACCAUCUGCCUCCUGGGCAUUGUCGGGAACUCCACAGUCAUCUUCGCGGUGGUGAAGAAGUCCAAGCUGCACUGGUUCAGCAAUGUCCCCGACAUCUUCAUCAUCAACCUCUCGGUGGUGGACCUCCUCUUCCUGCUGGGCAUGCCCUUCAUGAUCCACCAGCUCAUGGGCAAUGGGGUCUGGCACUUUGGUGAGACCAUGUGCACCCUCAUCACGGCCAUGGACGCCAACAGUCAGUUCACCAGCACCUACAUCCUGACCGCCAUGGCCAUUGACCGCUACCUGGCCACUGUCCACCCCAUCUCCUCCACCAAGUUCCGGAAGCCCUCUGUGGCCACCCUGGUGAUCUGCCUCCUGUGGGCCCUAUCCUUCAUCAGUAUCACCCCCGUGUGGCUCUAUGCCAGGCUGAUCCCCUUCCCAGGGGGCACCGUGGGCUGCGGCAUCCGCCUGCCCAACCCAGACACUGACCUCUACUGGUUCACCCUGUACCAGUUUUUCCUGGCCUUUGCCCUGCCCUUCGUAGUCAUCACGGCCGCCUACGUGAGGAUCCUGCAGCGCAUGACAUCCUCCGUGGCCCCCGUGUCUCAACGCAGCAUCCGGCUGCGGACAAAGAGGGUGACCCGCACGGCCAUCGCCAUCUGCCUGGUCUUCUUCGUGUGCUGGGCGCCCUACUACGUGCUUCAGCUGACCCAGCUAUCCCUCAGCCGCCCGACGCUCACUUUUGUCUACCUGUACAACGCAGCCAUCAGCUUGGGCUAUGCCAACAGCUGCCUCAAUCCCUUUGUGUACAUCGUGCUCUGUGAAACGUUCCGGAAACGCCUGGUCCUGUCUGUGAAGCCUGCGGCCCAGGGGCAGCUCCGCGCCAUCAGCAAUGCCCAGACAGCUGAUGAGGAGAGGACAGAAAGCAAGGGCGCCUGA